AAUCAAUCGAACCAUUUGAACCAUUGAAUCCGCGCGCAGAUUUCAAAUGUUGCGUUGAAAUCUGUUUUGUGUUAUUGAUUCUGUAGUUUUCUUAAUUAUGAGUAAUUUCGCUUCCUCUGCAUUUUCUUGUGCUUUUAAAAGCUGGAAGACACAUGGACGUGGAUUGUUAAUUGUUGCCCGCUAUGGAAAUAAUGCAUGGAAUACGUACGAAAAUCUAACACUCUCACGGGUUUCAGAGGUUGAUGUUCACGAAGAUUGCAACAUUUUGGGGCAUUGCAAAACGGCCGAAUGCCGCAAAAGUAGUAAAAGUCAAAACCCAGGGGGACCUUCAGAAGGUAGUAGUUCCCUCAACUCCGCCAAUGUGAACCAUCAUAGUAUCGGUUCUAAGGAACGUCUUGGUGGUGCUGGAGGAGGAGGCUCUGGAAAUGGCACUGGCUCUUUUAUAAGAUGUAACAAAUGUGGUGGUCCUUUAAAAUCUCUUGAUCCAAAAGCAUCAUAUAUAUCACGUUUCAUGGAGUGUGAAGCAUGUGAACAACUCUACGAAUUAACAGAUAAGAGUGAUCUCUCAUCAUUUAGUAAUGUAGACGAAAGCCGACAUCUUUCGCUUGUUAGUCCUAAGGAGAUACAUCAAUACCUAGAUCGCUAUGUGGUAGGUCAAGAUAAAGCCAAAAAAAUUCUUGCCGUCCAAGUAUAUACUCAUUACAAUCGUAUACAGUAUAAUCGGUCACUGGCUACCUCAGAAGAUAAUGGAUUUAAUUCAAAUAAUUUAAACUCAGGGACAAAUGAAGCCAAACCUACUGUAAAUAGUCAUUAUUCCCCAAAUGAAUUUUCGGGUACACGUUCUUGCACACCUGUAAAUUAUCAGAGCAGUUUAAGUCAACCUCCUGUAUCUGAAUUAUUUAAUUUGUCACGCAAUGGUUCACUAAGUUCAUUGAAAAAUCCAUUUACACAUGGAGACAGUCCAACAAGUUCAUUUCCAUUUCCAAUUACUUUAGAAAAUUUAUCUGAUAUGAAGGAUGAUCGAGAAAAACGUCGUGCCUCACGAAUUCUUAAAGAUGAUGUUGAUCGUCCAUUAAAAUUGGAAAAAAGCAACAUUAUAUUGUUAGGCUCAACAGGUUCAGGCAAAACACUGUUGGCUCAAACUUUGGCUAAUUAUUUAAAUGUACCUUUUGCCCUUUAUGAUUGUACAAGUAUAACCCAAGCUGGUUAUGUUGGUGAAGAUGUUGAAUCAACCAUUGGUAGAUUAUUACAAAAUGCAAAUUUCAAUGUGGAACUUGCUCAACAAGGUAUAGUGGUUCUAGAUGAAAUAGACAAAAUAAGCUCUAAAACUGGGCAUCAUCAUGCUGCACGAGAUGUCAGUGGUGAAGGUGUUCAACAGGCUAUGUUAAAACUGUUAGAAGGUUCACUUGUUAACGUACCUGAUGUCAAAAGUCCGCGUAAAUUACGUGGUGAAACUUUUCUAGUGGAUACAACCAACAUACUUUUCAUAGCCUGUGGUGCAUUUAAUGGACUUGACAAGAUAAUUAGUCGACGAAAACAUAAAAAGACUAUUGGAUUUGAUAUGCUGACAUCUUUGAAUGAAUCGACUACACAAGAUAAUUGCACUUCAUCAGUCAAUCCAAAUGCGACAGAUUUUGUAAAUUUAUUUCAAAAUUUUGAAAGUUCAGCUCAUGAAGAAAAUGCUGAACGUGAUAAAUUGUUACAAGAAGUUGAAGCUAAUGAUCUUAUUACUUAUGGGAUGAUACCAGAAUUUGUUGGUCGUUUCCCUAUAAUUACUGCUCUGCAUUCAUUAAAUGAAGAAAUGCUUGUUCGUGUUCUUACAGAACCACGUAAUGCACUGAUAAAACAAUAUCAAUUACUUUUUAAUAUUGAUGGUGUAAGCGUUAGUUUUAUAAUUACUGUAUGAUCAAUUAAUUCCUCUCACUUUAUUAAUUAUACUUAAAAUAUUCUGACUUGUAACAAUAGUGCACUUAUUUACUUGUAUGUGCGUGUUUGUGAGAUCUAACGAAGAGAUGUUGAUCAAUUAUACGGACACAGAACCUGGCACAUAUUCACAACGGUUCAAGUUGCCACAGCACAUCAGCAUAGCGAAAUGUCAGAUUACUACAAGUUGCAGCAGUAUUAAUAGUAGUAGAACCGAUUAGACAUAAAUUUAGUUCGAGAAAACAAUAUAAAUUCUUUGAGUAAAGUUAUUUAUACGAUCAAAUGUACACUGCAGUUUAUCAUAAACAUAAACAAAAAUGAAAUUUUAAAUGUAAAAAUAGAUUCGUUAGUAAAUCGGGAUGUGUCGUAAUAUGACUGUAAAACUACUAGUUGAAGUAGCAGUAAUAUCAAUCAAUAACAUUCCUACAUCAACCAUUAUCAUGCGUCGAAGUGAACGGUGGUUGGGUAUAGGCAUAAUUCAUGUGUCUCAGUAACUUCAGUCGACGAAGAUUCACCACCGCCACAUUAUUCGAUCUGUUAUCUUUACCUGGCCACCAUGCAUGAGCAGCAAUAUUAUUCUCUCGUAGUUGUACUGGUCAUAAAUGUGUAUGAUACUUUUCUAACAUUUUUAUUUCUCGACCACAGGUUACAAUGUUAUUGUUUACUAGCAAUAACAAUAACAAAAGUGAUAGCAGUAGAACUGUUUAAAAGGUAGUAUCUUCCGAUCAGGAGUUUUGAAACGGAUUUUUUAUGGAACCGGAGAAAUUGAUCGAAAGCGGCACAGAAAAUAGAUAAUGUUUAAUAAUUGUGGAAUGUGAACUGAGAGUCACUCCUGAUGCUCUAAAAGCUAUUGCUCGACUGGCAUUAAGUCAACAUACAGGAGCUCGAGGUCUUCGUUCAGUCUUGGAAAAUCUACUCUUGCAGCCACGUUACGAUGUUCCAGGAUCGGAUAUAUCAACUGUAGUUCUUACUGAGGGUGCUGUACUCGGUCAUUCCCCACCGGAAUAUCACAGAGUUGUAUCUCCUUUUUCGUCAGUCGUUUCAUGAUCUGUUUCAUCAACCCACUCUUAUAAUAAUAAUAGCUAUUGUUUAUGGAUGUGUAUUCCAAAGCACAUAUACCACAGACACAAAUAUCUAUUCUUUUAUUCAGAUUUUGUUAUGAGUAAAAUACCGUUAUUAUUAUUAUCUCCUGUCUAAACAGUCAGUGAUUGACGAUCAUAAUGAUGAUCAGCUCGGAUUAUAGGAGAAUGAUUUGUAUGAUUGACAGAAGAUAAUUCAGUUCAGUUAUGUUUACUUUUAUUUAUCGUGCUCAGAUUUAUUUUUUAUCCUUCUUGGUGUUUUUUUUUGUUGUUGUCUAUGCUGGCUAAUUUCUCACGUGAACACAUUUCAAUAAAUACAUUAGUAUAUUCAAUAUUCUCAAUUUAUUUAUUUCACUCUAUUUAAAUUAAUUCUGUACAUUUCAAGAAGUUUAUGUCAGCAACCAUUACUUAUUAAUAGUGUUCAAUUUUUCUUUUUGCAUUCUAAUGUAUACAUAUGUUUGAAUUUGUGCCUAUUAUUCAAAGCAAUAUUAGUUUUUGUUAGUCUAUUUCAAAUUAUUUCUAACACGAUGUCAAUUUGUGAUGUUACUGUCUUUUUCUACGAUAGUUAUUGAUCUAUUUCAUGAUGAAAGCCAAUACAAUACAAUCCAUUGAAAUAAGGAGAAUGUAAAAAAACAUUGUAUGAAUUCAGUACUUAAUAGACAAAUUGUUUGUUUGUUCCAAUUUAUUGUUAUCAUUAUUACUUCAAUUUGGUCCCAUUUAUCUUGUUAUCCCAUGAAAAAUUAUUUAUAUCUAGUAAAAUACAUUUGUUAGAUGGUUAUUGUUGUUGUCUUCGUUAUAACUUUUGUCUUGUUCAACCUCGAUCCUUGUUUCAUUAUGAACAAUAUUGAAGAGUUUUCUUUUGUUUACUACAGUUUGAUAUUGUUUUACUUAAAAUGUUAACAUUUGAGUUUUCUAUAGUUCGCUGGGAUUUAGACAUACGUCUUUAUACGCUAAAGUUAAUUAGUAACAUUUUGAGAGAUUAUAAUUUGUUCUUCAUGAGAUAUCAUAGUUCAUAGAGCCUUUUUCUAGUGUAAUUCUGUACAUAAUCGAUGAUUCGUUUUAUUGAAGUUUCCGUACUAAAUAGUCAGGAUUGCUUGAGGUAAUAGUUUAGUAAACUUUUUUGAUCGGAAGAUUUAUUACAUUUAAAGACAAUUACUUUU